AGCCUCUCCAACAUCUGUGUGCUUCCCUGAUCCCUGUGUGGGCUAAAAGGCAGCUGACAGAGUCUGAAUCUGCUCACUACCUGCUCGUCUGGCUUGGAGAUGACUCUGAUGUGGAUUUUGACUCUUCUCUGCUCUUUCACUGCUGCAUCAUUCGCGGCGGAGGUCUGUUAUGAGGAGCUGGGCUGCUUCAGUGACCUUCCUCCUUGGGGGGGCACCACACAGAGACCUGCUUCGGCUGUGCCCUGGACCCCUGAAAGGAUAGGCACACUCUUCCUCCUCUUCACUCAGAAGAACAACUACUACCAGGAGAUCAAACCCGACUCAUCCAUCGAUAUAUCCAACUACGGCGGGAAUAGAAAGACUCGGUUCGUCAUUCCUGGUUAUUUGGUUGAAGGAGACGAGGACUGGCCACAGAGAAUGUGCAAGGCUGUGGUGAAGAAGGAGAAUGUGAACUGCAUUGCAGUUGAGUGGAAGGCGGGAGCAAGGGCUCGGUAUGUUCAGGCUGCCAACAACGCCCGGGUGGUGGCUGCUCAGGUGGCCCACAUGAUCACCUUCCUCAUGGACCACUUCCAGCAGACUGCUGAUAAGUUCCACAUUAUCGGACACAGCGUGGGAGCUCACGCUGCUGGAGAGGCUGCAAGCAGAAUUCCUGGUCUGGCCCGGAUCUCAGGACUGGAUCCAGCUGAGCCGUACUUCCAAGGCACUGACGCUUCUGUGCGUCUGGACACCAGCGACGCUGCCUUGGUGGAUGUCAUUCAUACAGACAGCCGUCCCUUCGAGUCCAAACUCGGUUUGGGGAUGACAGAGUAUGUGGGUCACAUUGACUUUUACCCCAACGGAGGGGAACUGAUGCCUGGUUGCUCCGCUAACACAGGCCUUUCCAAUGACCUGGACUCCAUUUGGGACGGUACCUCGAGGUUUGACGUCUGCAACCAUGCUCGAGCCUAUGAGUACUACAUAGAAAGUAUUAGUAAAUCCGGAGGCUUUGUUGGAUUCCCCUGCUCAGAUAAGAAAAGCUUCGCUGAUGGAAAGUGUUUCCCAUGUGCAGACAGCCAGUGUCCCCUGAUGGGCCACAAUGCUGACAAGUUCCCUUUGACUGAUGGCAUUUCAAAGACAAAGUACUUCCUCAACACCGGUAGAUCAAAGCCUUUCAGCCGCUACAGCUACAAAGUGUGGGUUACCUUGGAUGGUCCCAGCUGGCCAAACCUCGGCUUCAUGUUUGUAGCACUUGCUGGAAAAAAGGAAAGCACCAAGGAGUUCCAGCUUCAUCUGGGAGCUCUGACUCCUGGACGGGUAUACGAUGUGCUGUUUGACGCUGAGGUGGAUGUUGGUGAAGUGACAGAGGUGAAGUUUCGGUGGAACAACCACAUCAUCAACCCCCUGAAGCCUAAAUAUGGAGCGUCGAAGGUGGAGCUGCACAGAGGAAGAGACAACAAGAUAACCAUCUUCUGUGGAACAGGAAGGGUGACUGAGAAUAAGAUCCAGUCUGUGCUUCCAUGCCAAGCCUAAGCAAAAACAGCGCUCUGGAGUUUUAAUUAAAGUUUGCAUUUAAA